AUGUGCAGUGUAAUUGUGGAAGCUGUGAAGGUGGAUAGUUUGCAGAGACUUUGCUCAUCUUUGGAGCCUCUUCUCCUCAAAUUUGUGAGUCUGGAUACCCUGGUGAAGAGAGCAUCUGAUAAUUGGCAUGAAGUAAUAGAAUAUGAUAGCAAAGUCUUGAACUCCCUUGCCAGUACUAAGAAGAAGAUAAGAGCCUCAGCUGCACUUGCAACUAUAGCUGACCACAAAUAUGCCUCAGAUCAGAAUAGUAAGACUAUUCAGAACGGACAGCAGAAUAUCUCUGAACCGGGCACACAUUGUCACUAUAACCACCAAUCAGUCCCUUGGUUGAUUGAGUUUCCAUUUUUGAGGUCUCGUCAAACACCAGUUAUGACAUUAAAUUACCAGCAAGAAGAAUUCUCAAGCAGCAUAGAUUGUAUGUCACUCGGAACUUCUGCAGUUGGGGGUUCAUACUUUUCAAAAGAUUGGUCUCACCCAAGGAAUGGUCAAGGGUCGGAAGAUCUUUUUGCUGAAGAAAUCCGACUUAGGAGUGCAGAGAUGUUGGUGAGUGAUGAUAUGCAGAGACUUCAAAAUACAUAUAGUAUGGGAGUCGGUGUUGAAAUGGGGGCUGGUUUUGGUCUUGCAGAUGAGUGCAGAAUAUCUCUGAUAGAUAGGACAUUUCAGCAUCAGCAUGGCCGGAGCUCAGGGAAAGCUGUUGUUGGAUGGCUUAAGCUUAAAGCCGCUUUAAGGUGGGGGAUAUUCUUUAGUAAGAGAGCUGCAGAAAGGAGACUUCAGCUUACCGAGCUAGAUUGACUUGAAUCCUUAUCUAUUUUCAUCUCGGGUUCUAGUGAUGAUAUAAUAUGGUGCGUUGGAAUUCGAUGAUUUCACUGCCCAGAAGACAGAUAGAAAGAUGAAAGAUUGGGAUUCAGGCAUUUGGAUAGAGGGGCUUCACACGAUUUCAGUUUUCCUUGUCCUUGGUGACUUUAUUCCCACCAAAGAGUAUCAACGAAAGGAGAUGAGAAAGAAUAGUCACGUAUCAAGUUGGAUGUUUCCAUUUAGACUGCGUUUAGAUGUUGAGCUAAAUUGAGCUCUUUAUAAAUAGUAAUGAGCUGAGAUGGUAGAGUAUUGAGUUUUGUGAGGUCCACUUAAAAUGAAUUUAAAUGUAUUUAGAUGUUAAGAUGAUUUUAGAUGUAUUUAUAAGAAGUUAAAAAAAGUUGU